AUGUGGGAUUGUUUUUCAAAAAAAUUCAAAGAUGACCCUAUUCUUUCAGAUCAGGAUUGUCAACUGGAUAAUGGUGAUGAGAAUGCUGAGCGUGGGAACUGGACAAACAAGAGAGAAUACAUGCUCUCUUUGAUCGCCUAUGCUAUUGGCCUGGGAAAUAUCUGGAGAUUUCCCUAUGUUGCCUACAAGAAUGGAGGGGGUGCCUUUCUCAUUCCUUAUUUCCUGAUGUUGGCUUUAUGUGGAAUCCCUGUUUUCUUCCUGGAAAAUGCCAUCGGUCAGUUCUGCAGCCAAGGUCCAGUCAACAUGUGGAGAGCUGUGCCGAUGCUACAGGGUCUUGGCCUCUCCGUAGUCAUAGUAAACAUAUUGACGGUAGUUUAUUAUAAUGUCAUCAGCACCUACAGCCUGUACUACUUGUUCGCCUCCUUCCAGUCUCCUUUGCCGUGGUCUAGCUGCUUCAGUUGGGCGGACAGUAACUGCAGCAGCACACCCAGAGUGUCUUGUAAUGUAAGUGGUGUUCUAGUGGCCAACUGGACUCAGGAAAACAUCACUUGUCCUUCAUCUGACGUGAUCAGGGCUCCAGUGCAGAGUCCAAGUGAACAGUACUGGGAUCGUGUGGCUCUGCAGAGAUCCAGUGGUCUGGAUGAAACAGGACCAAUAGUCUGGCAUUUGGCCCUUUGUCUGCUGCUGAGCUCCCUCCUUGUUGCUGCAGCUCUUUUUAAAGGUAUCAAGACUUCAGGAAAAGUUGUAUAUUUCACAGCUACAUUUCCUUAUGUGGUGAUUUUGAUCUUGCUGAUCAGAGGUGUGACACUAGAGGGAGCCGCAGAAGGCAUAGCUUACUAUAUUGGUUCAGGAUCCAAUUUCACUAAACUGAUGGAACCAGAGGUCUGGAAGGAUGCAGCAAUUCAGACUUUAUAUUCCUUGUCCAUUGGAGUGGGAGGUGUUCCGACCCUUGCUUCCUAUAACAAUUUCAACAACAACAUGCUUGUGGACUCAGUUGUUGCAUGCCUUACUAACCAUGUUUCCAGUGUGUAUGCAGGCUUCGCCAUAUUUUCGAUUUUGGGUCACAUGUCUUACAUCUAUGGACAACCUGUUGAAAGUGUGGUGAAGGAAGGGUUUUCCCUGGCAUUCAUUGCAUAUCCAGAUGCUCUGGCUAAAAUUCCCAUUUCCCCCCUGUGGUCCGUACUGUUCUUUUCAAUGCUUACAAUAGUUGGCCUGGAUUCUCAGUUUACAAUGAUAGAGGUGACCAGCAGCUGUUUAAUUGAUACCUUCCCUGAAACCCUUCGAUCCAAACGUCCCUUUGUGAGUCUAGGGUCAUGUAUCUUCAUCUUCCUCCUGGGCCUGCCAUGUGUGACAACGGCAGGAAUAUACUGGGUAACUCUAAUCGACCAUUUUGCUUCGACCUGGGUGCUGCUUAUUUUGGUUGCUAUGGAGGUCCUUGGCUUCGCCUACAUUUAUGGAGUAAACAAUUUAAUUAAAGACAUUGAGAUGAUGAUUGGGAGGAAGAGCUUUUGCUUCUGGCUGUGGUGGAGAGCAUUUUGGCUCUUCAUCAGCCCCUUCUUCAUUUUGGUGAUCUUCAUCUGGUCUCUGAUAUACUUUGUUCCCCCCACCUAUGGAGGAGUCGAGUACCCAGACUGGGGCUUGGCUCUGGGUUGGUGCAUGUCUGCAUUCAGCCUUAUCUGGAUCCCUCUUGUCAUUGUGUAUAGGCUGAUGAGAGCAGAGGGAGGCCUCUUGGGGCGUUUGAAGUCAGUGUGCACUCCCUCUGAGGAUUGGCAUCCAUACCUUGAGAUCCACCGAGGAGAAAGGUACUCAGAAGAAAGCUGUCUGCAAAGGAAAGCAUUGUCAACAAAGAACAAGCCGAUAUAA